AUGGAAUCUCAGGCCUUCAGAAGACAGCUUUCUUUCAAAGAUGCACUGUUGAAUAAAUACAGCCUUGAAGAAGAUGACGAAGAACUUUGUUUUAUACACAUAAGUGGAUCUCCAAAACACAAAGGUAAACGAAGCUUAGGUUUUAACAAAAAAGGUCUUAUGUUGGCAAUUACUGGCUUCUUUCGAGGCUUAUUAUUUCGGUGCCAAAAUUUUUAAAAGUAUUCACCAUUAGAUUGAACAAGAUGCCUACAGCUACAGUUGUCUGAAAGGAACGGUUUAAUUCGAAAAGCCAUUGAUUUUCUGAUACUCUUCUAAAGUUGACGAUUAAGUUUAUUACUUAGUUGUAGUGUUGUAGGUUAGAUAAAUCGUUUUAUCCAGGGAAACAAAGAGAAAUUCCAUUUCUAAAUAGAAUAUACAUUUUUUUUGUAAAAUUUACAUUUAAAUUAAUAUAUUUUAAAUUUCAUUGACCUUGCAGUUUUAAUGGGAAAUGCCAAAUUAGUUUGUUUUUGCACAUAAGUUGGUUAACACACUUACUCCUAAUAUCAAAAUUUAAGUUCUUUUAUAUCUCUACAUGUAUGCUUACAUUAUCAACAUACAGAUUAGUUAGAAGUUAUAAGUUAUUGUUAAUGCUUAUCAAGAGAAUUCCAUUGAUAAUAAUAAUAUUAAUUCUUUAAGAAUAAUUUCUGGACCUUUCUUCUUGAUUUUGCAUUGUUGUCUGAAGGAGAAAUUAGAUACUGGUGAGGCUUAGUGCUUGAAGGGUUAGUGCAGAGUAGAAGUGUAAGGGACAGUAUCAGAAAAAAUUUUGUGUGAUCUAUGCUAGAAAAGUAAAGAGGUCACUUGCUGAUGUAUGAGUGACCACAUUUAACUGGGGGAGGGGAGAGGGGGGACUUUAGAAGUCUUUGGAUGGGAUGUGCCUCUGGGACCCUGAAAGCCAUAGCCUAUGCCAAACCCAGCUGAGGCUGAUUUUUGCUACCCCAUAGUAGACCAAACUCCCAAAAUCCCUUCCUAUGAUCCUAGAUUCACUAUUAGUAAAUAAUAUAUUUCUAGAAACAACUGCCCCCCCGGGUCACCAGCACCGUCCACCAAAACGAAAGCUUUCUGAGUUGUAGGUUGUGUCUUUUUUGGAGGGGACGGAGGGUGGUGGGGGGGGGGCAGUUUGUAAAAUGCUAUGCAGCAAAAUCACCAGACACAAGAUAAAUUUUGCUUCAUAUUUUCUUUGUAACUCUAUAGAAGGAUUUUGCAUAAUGGUAAAGGUACUUUUAGUCUUAUGACUUCAGGACAUAUUUCACCUCAAAAAGCAAUAUCCUCUUGAAAUAUAAGUCACUUAACCUCCUUCAAUAAUUUUGCACUGUUUUACAUAAUUUACAGCCCCUUUUGACCAAUCAGAGCAUUAUCAAAAGAGAAUCCUCACCCUUGAUGGCUGUGGUAUCACAUGCGCUGGCCCUGACCGGGAGAUCAUAACAACCUGUCCAAAUGUUGAGGAGCUGGAUCUGGCAAAGAACAAGCUUUCUAACUUUGAGGAGGUGAGAAACAGUUAUUGGAUGGGGGUUUUGUGAAAUAUCCAAAAGUAAGGUUGAGGUAAGUGUUAUCAGCCGAGCUGAAGGACGAGGCUGAUCACACUCACGAAGACCUUGAUUAUUUAGGAUAUCACAAAAACCUAAUCCAAUUAUUGUUAUAUUAUACAUUGUUUUGAAGAAAAUAACGACUAACACACCGUCGCAAGGAACUUGAAUUGAUAUUGUUAUGGGAAAUCUUGCAUUGCAUGGGUAACCUACAGAUUAGUUGGUUAUCUGCUGGCAGAUAACUAACUUAUCUGUUAGUUGCGUUGAUUUCCAAAAUUAGCUGUAGGCCCUCAGCCAAUGAGAAGACAGAUAUUGUGUACAAUGUACAAUAAAUAUUAAAUAUUUAAUGCAGUACAAAUAAAAUAUUGUCUGGGCCUCAGCUGAUCAAAAACUAAAUACUGCUAUCCACUAGAUAAGUCACUUUAGUAAAAUCCAACUAGUGGUCUAUUAUCAAUGCUGCAUUCUGAUUGGUUGAGCUACUACUAGGCUAUAUGUUAUAGCUCCCUAGUAGCGAAAACCGCGGGCUUUUGGGGCGGCAAAAAAGGCUGAAAGUCUAGCUUUUAACUAGCUAAAAUUUUUUUAUUCUCGAUAUUUUUGACCAACUAGUUAGAUUUUACUAAAACAAUUAUUCCUCUUGCCCUCAUGGCCUCUGAGUCAAUAGCCCAUUCGGCCUUUGGCCUCAUGGGCUAUUGACUCAGAGCCCAUUUGGGCUCGAGGAAUAAUUGUUAAAUAUCCAGUGAAUAGAGAUUUACCCUGCCUUUUGAACAAGGUUAACUGGUGCCAAGCCCAGCUGUUAUAAAGUAAUGCUAUUUAAUAAUUGUAGAUGAUUACAGGAUCAAGGCCUAAGUAAUUAAGGUCAACCAACGUAUCACGCAAAACAUUAGGAUAUACAUGUACAGUAUAUCAGUUCAGUCGAGCGUCGUUACUAAGGAAGAGGAUUAAGGGCUAAUCCCGUAUGUACAACCUUGUGAAUACUGUUCUUUGCAAACUAAUAAGUGACCAGUGUAAUGUGCUUUGCUCCUUCUUGUUUCACAGGUGUUCCGUAUAAUCAGUCAGCUACACAAGUUGGAGUUCUUAAACCUGAGUGAAAAUUACUUGUCACAAAGGAUCGAUGAUUUUUCUCCAUUUAUUGAAGACCAGGAUAGAGAUGCUUUACCUUCAAUUAAAAAACUUAUUCUCAACAACACCUCUGUCCCACUAGAGACAGUUUACUCUCUUCUGACAUGUCUGACUGGGUAAGCUAGGUUUGUGUGAUGUUAAACUUAGAGUACCGUACCUUGUGAGCAGAGGUUUCUGUCUUGCAGACGGGGAGUAAACAAACCAACUACGUGACAGACAGGCCACGCGAAUGACUUCAUAAACGCUAAAAGCCAUGCAAGAGAGAAACCUCUGCUCGCAGGGUAACAGUACCUUUAACCUUCCUCAAUUUCCUAAUUCUCCAGGAAGAAAUUUUUUCAACACGUCAAAUACUUUUCACAGAAAUAAAAUCCUAAAACAAAUAGCUAUAGGACCAUGCAAAGUUCUGCUGAAGAGGUUUUAUUUGAAAUUGGUAUAAGACCGUAAUAUUUCAAAGUUUUUGAGUAAAAGCCUUACAUUUGAAGAAUCAUCUUUAAUUGCCAGAUAUCGGGGUUUUUGUUUUCAGCUAAUGACAGUCUAUUUUAGAGGGUGGGGGUAUUUCUGUGAAUUACCCACCUGUGCUAGUGCACAGUGUCCAGGAUAAGAAUCUCCACACCCAUCCCACCCCGGUUAUGUGACCAGCAAUCAACUUUUCAAGGUUUAACAAUAACAUAAUUAUUGUGAUUAGCCUGAGGUUUACAAUAAUUCAUGAUCGGCUUCUUGUUUUGUUUCUAAAUUGCAGAGUACAAGACCUGUAUUUAAGUCUUAAUGGCUACGACAACAUUCCUGAAGCACCAGAGCAAUACCCCAACAUAAGAAGCCUAUCAAUCAAUAAGCAUGAUAUCAAACAGUGGGAUGAGGUUGGAAAACUAGGAUUUGUCUUCCCAGGAUUGACCACUCUACGAAUGUCUGAGUGCCCCCUGGAAAACAUCACGCCUACAGAAUUACCCAAGCAGUUUCCUGAGCUUAAGAUUCUUAACCUGAAUGAUACUCUUCUAAAUACAUGGGAGGACAUAGAAGCACUGAAAUGCUUUCCCCAACUGACGGAUGUCAGUCUCAUGGGAAUUCCUCUGUUAAAUCAGUUUUCCGAUCAAGAGAAACGACAGCUGUUGAUUGCAAGACUUCCCAACAUUGAAAAGCUCAACAAGACCAAAAUAAUGGAGGAAGAAAGGGAAGACGCUGAGAGGUUUUUCAUUCGACACCAUAUGGAUGAUGAAAACCCACCAUUAAGAUACUCAGAGCUAGUUGAAAGACAUGGCAUGUUAGAUCGGCUUGCUGAUGUCAACCUUCGAGCCAAAACAUCUGCCAUGAUCUCAUUUAUAUUUGAUGACCAGCCACUUUUCAAGAGGGAGAUAAAUCUUAUGCAAAGCACGGCAAGUUUAAAAAAAUAUUUGAGUAAGUUUAUUGGAAUACCACCUCCAGGCUUCAAGUUACUUUACCAUGAUGUUGGGUUUUGCGUUGGGCUUGAAGAAAUGUGGUUCGGGGCUAAGAAGCUGUACACAUUCAAGAUGAAAGACGGGGAUGAAAUACAUAUUUGGAGCAGAUGAACCAAAAGAAUACAAACUUUUAGCACUUAGUUGAACUGUAAUUGAGUUUGGCUAAUGGGCUUGACGGAACCCAAAUCAUGUAGACUGGGGAGGGGUUUUGAAAAAGGUCAAAAGUUGUGGAAAAUACACAAAAGGUGUGACCAUUGGUAACACACUCCAAUUUCUCCAUAAUUUAUGCUUUAUGUAUGUGGUACAAAAAUGAAAUUCAGUAAUACAUGUACAGUGUAUAUCAUUGUUUUACUAUUUGUUCAAAAAUAUUUCCAAACAUUUAAUAUUUUACCAGGUCCUUAGCAGAUUCAGAUUUUUCAAAGAGCAUCUGACAUUCCUCAAUUGGUCUUGAGAUUUUUUGCAGUCUUCGUAAAAUUUGGCAAAAGCUAGCUGGUUUUAAGCCCAGAGUUUUUCCAUAUGAAAUCUUUCGGUAAUAGAG